AUGUCGAAAUUUCCACAAACUGUAUUCAAAGUAUUCCAACAAUAUGGCCUAACCGUUACUUCGAAGAUAAUAGAUUAUCUUAGGGAUGUGUUCGAAGAAAAGGAAGUUCCUCAGGAAGAAUGGGUCGAGAGUUUAAGUAACAUAGCAGAGGAAUACCAAAGCGAUUUGUUACCCAAGUUAGUAGACUUGGAUAACUUGGACAAAUUGAUAAAAAGACUUCAAGACACUGCCCUUGAUGCAACAGUAGAAGAUGAAAUAAUGCUAGAUGCGCAGGCGGAAAGCAAUCAACCGAUGCAACCAUACCGAGAAGAUAAUAUAACAGAUCUGGAGGUUGACCCACGCAAAUUUUUCCACAUACACAAUAUCUUUGAUAUAAAUGAUUAUAAAUUGUUUGAUGAUAAAGAGACAAUAGCGAUGAGGUUGAAAGAGCGACGAGACUUGAUACGCAAGAAAAUCAUGCAUAAGGAAGAACUUGAACGCAAUGGGCCAAAACUGGCAUCAAUAAAGGAUCUCGCUGGUCGAAUAGGCGGAAGCUUUAGAUUACUUGGGGUAAUUUCUAUGCUAGGGGACGAGAACAAAUUUUUUCUUGAUGACAUGGAUGAUAGCAUUGAAUUGGAUUUGUCUUCGUAUUCUGGAGAAAUGGAAUUUGUGCUUGAGGAUACCUUUGUUGUUGUUGACGGAACUUAUUCUGAAAACGAUGAAGACGAGAUCUUUCUGGUAAAGGAUGUUCACAGUCCACCUCAUGAAAAACGGGAAAUCACCAAGAACGAGUUCGGAUAUGAAGGCUACUGGACACCCAAACAUCCAAUAAGAGAUUUGGGCGUUAUCAAAUCAUACGAAGCCAAAUUGAUGCAGACUCAGUUCGUGAUAUUAUCUAACGUUGAGCUCGACAAUCCAAAGACACUACGAGAGUUAUCGACGCUCUUCAAGAAAUACCAAUCAGAAGCGCAGAAAGGGCGUGUCUUUCCAUUCUUUGUAUUUAUAGGAAAUUUUAUUUCAUGGAAGUUCUCAUACGGAGACCAUAACACUAAAACUUAUAGAGAUUACAUGACCUCUCUUGGAGUGCUAAUCUCUCGAUAUCACGACUUGGCACAAAAUGCACAUUUUGUCUUUGUUCCGGGACCAAACGAUCCUAGCUUGGGUCCUGAAUUGCUUCCAAAAUCAAAGAUACCUGACAUAUUCACUGACAGACUGAGGGCGAUGGUUUCCAACGCUUCAUUCGUCAGCAAUCCCUGCAGGCUUAAGUAUUUUACCAAAGAAAUCGUUAUAUUUCACGAGGAUGCUCGGAUGUUACUGCAGACAGUACCUCUACAUAAGAACAAAGAGAUCACCAAAGAGAGUUUGAAAAUGCAGGCAAAUUAUACACUGAGAUUGUAUCCUACGCCUGAUGUCUUGAUUUUAGCUGCUAGCAAUGGAAUGUGGAAGUCACAACUCGAUGACUGCCUUUGCUUUAAUCCUAAAUCAUUCGCCCAUGGCUGGGGUUAUUAUCAACCAAACAUAAAUGAAUACAAAUCAAAAGAACAUGGGGAGGAUUUGAAAUAG